GAAGAUGUCUGCCCGCAGGAAGAACUUUCUUUAACACUGAGUGCAUAACCCUGAGAAUAUCUUCAGCUGCCGUGUUAUCUGGCAUCCGGAGGCUUUAUCGCAGAAACCCCAAGAGGCGCGUGAAGCCAGGGCAUUUGUGUGCUUGUGAAUUGUAUUCUUGCGCAUAUAUGCAAGAUGAGGGAAUGGAAAUUCAGUAUCGCCAGAUUUCGAUGCAGACAAAACUUCAAUAUUUUACUUACAAUUUUGAUAUCCUGUGUGUUUUUCGCGGCUCUGUCGACCGGAGAAACUGCAGAUGACGACGAAGUCGCACCAGGAGUCAAGCUUCCAAGCACAUGUGAAGUUUGCAAAGUCUUGACUGCAGAAUUGGACGAGCGUCUGCAGAAAACAGGAAAAUCUCAUGACACCAUUGACACUGGAUAUGGCAUGGAGAAAAAGGCUAAGAAGAAAUACAAACAAUCGGAAUUGCGACUGAUAGAGUCAAUGGACAGAGUCUGUGAUGAAGUUCUGAAAUAUCGUGUUCAUAAGGAGAGAACUGACAGCACUCGGUUUGCCAAAGGAAUGAGCGAUACAUUCAAAACAUUGCAUGGUCUUGUGUAUGGCUUUAACCUGCUACAUCUUCAGCUGAUUCAAAUGGUAAACCCAAUUAAUGAAAGGCAGAAUAAGGGUGUGAAGGUGGAUAUUGGAAUGCCAUAUGAGCUGUGGGAUGAUCCUUCUGCAGAAGUCGCUGAUAUGAAGACAAAAUGUGAGAAGAUGAUUGAGGAUCAUGAAGACGAUAUAGAAGAGUGGUACUAUCACCAUCAAGAUGAAAAGCCUUUAAAGAGAUAUCUCUGCUCUGAACGGGUCCUGAAUCCAGGAGAAGACAAAUGUCUAGAUGAGGUUUGGAGUGGAAAAAAAGAUUCUGGAGAGGAAAAGCAAAAAGGAGACAAGUCAGAGUUAUAAGCUUCUUGGCCUUGACUGAAUUUCUUGAAUUGAAUCGGUUUCUGUGAUUUUUUUAAUGGAGCUUCUGAUGGAACAUAUGUAUUACAUUUCCAUAGUCCCAAAUGAAGGAC